AUGUACUACCACAGUAAUCCGCAGUCAUCUGCACCCAUGGUGCUUUAUAAAGGGUAUCAACCGUAUGCAGCAACGCAGCAGCGUCAGGGACCGUUACAAUACCAGCCAUAUGCAGAGCAACAACACCAACAAAUUCAACAACAACAACAACAACAACAACAACAACAACAACAACAACAACAGCAUCAUCAUCAUCACCAUCAUCAUCAUCACCAUCACCAUCAUCAUCAUCAUCCUAAUCAUCAUCAUCUUCAGCAACAUCAAGUACACCAGCAGCGGAAUGUAAUGUCUUUAAGGGUUCCUCAAAGUACCCCAUUUAUGCAGAUCUCUGUUGCUCCCAUGAACCAAAACCUUGUAAGUGGCUACAACGCGGCUCCUGGUGGGUAUCAUCAGAUGGGCCAUAGUUCGACGCAACGUCAUCAAACCACUCCCGUGCCGAGUAAUGAUGAACGGUACCGCAAGCAGCUCAUUGUAAAUUAUUUGGCACCUGACGUGGUCAGUGCAGAGUUGCAUGGACUUUUUUCUCGCUUUGGGCCUUUGGAUGGCGCCAGGAUCAUCCACGACAGGCAGACGAAUCUUCCAAAGGGAUACGGCUUUGUUUAUUUCUGUAACCCAGAGGACGCCAAGGAGGCUGUAGAGCGAAUGAACGGGUUUGAAUUUCACGGGAAACGAAUAAAAGUUGGGUAUUCCACAAAUCCGCUUAAUAUUGUUUCGGGUGCCAAUAACCAACACACACAUGGGACAAUAACAUAA